AUCACUCCCCUGCAUUUGCAUUAUAGCUCCAUGUCUGAAGGAGGAGCCUCCCUACCUUCUAAGCCAUGCCAAGAAACCAGUCUUAAUAAUGAGAAACAAGACGACGAAGAAGCCUACCAAGAAACCAUUGCAAAAUAUGGAGAAUUGGUGCUAAGCCUUCCAAAAGAAAGAGGCUGGAUGACUCAACAUCUGGUCCAAUACCAAGGCUUCUGGCUUUCCCCUGCCUGCGACUUCAAAGGCGCCUUGAUGCUCCAGCACCAUUUUCAUGCUCGACCAUCCGAUAUCUUCUUGGCCACCUUUCAAAUCACAGAUGACAAGUUCAAUGCUUCUGGAUUGACAUUUGGUCCCGCUGCCGAGGAUAGGCUGUCUUUUACUGGACACUCCACUGCAAGGGAAAUAGUACAUGUUGCUGCUCUAUACGAGAGAACCAAGAUAUUACCAACAUCAGGUGGAGGUUCUGUCAGUUCCAGGAUUAGAAAUGGGAACAAGAUCGAGAUAGUGGCCUGGAGUUUUCCCAUAGACAACCUCAAAUAUGAGGAUUUGAAGGACCCCUUUGUUCAUUUGAAGAGAUUAGCUGAAUUUUUGGGCCAGCCAUUUUCAUUAGAGGAAGAGAGAAAGGGGGUUGUGCAGGAAAUAAUAAAGCUCUGUAGUUUUGAGAAGUUGAGUCAUCUGGAGGUGAAUAAAACCAAGGUGCAAUGGUUUACUAGCCAGCUUGUUGUUAAGAACAGUUACUUCUUUAGGAAAGGUCAAGUUGGGGACUGGAAAAAUUAUUUCACAGAUGAGUUGGCAAGACGUCUAGAUCAGAUCACAGAUGACAAGUUCAAAGCUUCUGGAUUUACAUUUGGUGCCUCUGCCGAGUAA